GAGAGACUGAGGAGGUCAGUAUAGUCAUUUCGGUAUAAACAGAGUAAUAGAGGUAUCCUCGGCGACUAUCCAAAAUUCUCAAAUCUCAAGAGGAAAAGCUGAAGACGAGAGAGGAAAAAUGGGUGGGGGAAUGGAGUACAACAAGAACAAGUGGAUCGAAGAAUGGGGAGCUGCAAGGGAGAAUCUGGAGCUCAACUUUCGUUGGACUCGACGAAACCUAGCGAUUGUAGGUAUCUUCGGUAUCGCAAUCCCUGUAUUGGUUUACAAAGGCAUCGUCAAAGAGUUCCAUUUGCAUGAUGAUGAAUGGGGCAGGCCACGCACAAAGUUUGUACCAUGAAGUAUUUAGAGCCCUGUAAUAAUCUUGGAAGGAAGACAAUUAAAUUCUUCCUGAGUGGGUUGGGUUGAUUUCUGUUUUAAAUUACUCCUAGGUACUUCAACUUGUCAAUUUCUGUAUGGACUAAUAUUUGCUCAAAAUAAUUUUGGAGAUGUACUUUGAAAUCUCACUCCUGUUGGCUUUCGAUUGGUAUAUGAUUUUUUAACUUGAUGUUU